UUUGGUAUUCUUGAGGUGGCCGUUAUUGGUCAUUCUGAGAAAUUUUAUUUUGGUUUUGGUUUUCGUAAACAUUAAUCGAAACUUGCAGAUAAACGUAAAUUUACAAGACUUAUACACAAAAGAAGAAAGUCCAAAGAGCUAUACGGCACUUUUACAUAGGAGCCUCCCAAUUGCACAGUAAUGUUCAGAAAGACCAAGCCCAAAAUUGAACCUCCUCCGACGGCUCCCAGUGUGGAGGAGAUGUUUGAGGACAUGAAAACCUUUGAAAUCAAUCAACCAACUAAUUCAAACGCCACUGACAAUUCCGAUUUGGAGGAAGCUCUCCUGACAGAAACUUCCGAAAAUUUAACACUUGCAACGUGGUGGAAGGUUUUCGACGUAUAUGAACGAAAAGUGGAGAGACUGGCUGCAUCUGAGGAAGAUCUCGAACACUAUAGGAUACAGCUUCAAGAGUGCCGAGACAAACUGGAGAAGAAUGCCAACACAUUGUGUGAGGGUAUCAAAAAGCAACAGGCAAUGGCCAAGGAAGCUUUAAAUGUUAACUAAGGGACUACGAAAUACAAUUUAUGCAAUGCAAACAAA